ACUUUUGAAAUUGGAUAUUAAUUUAAUGUUUGAUUUCUUCUCUACGAAAACAGGCAAUUAUGUGGAUUCAGCAAUUUUUCCUCUUCCCGAUUUAGUUUCUCUCAAGUAAUUUGUCCAAGUCAACAUUAAAAUUCGUUGUUACGAUCUAGGAUCUUGAGACAUCCCAAAAUAUCCGAGCUAUUUUGCUAUUUUGCAACAGUCAUUAACCUAUGUUUUAAAAAAAAUAUCUACCGUAACGCGCCAUUAUCGAAUAACGACAUUCCGAGAAAGCAGCAAUAUGCAAUUCCCUUAUAUUACAUUGUUAUUAUAUGUUCACGAAAGAGUCGCUUAUUUUGCGAAGCGCGUUAGAUAUACCGUCUUGCUGUAUCGAUGUACAUAUAUAUGCCACUGGCUAACGAGCGUAAACGAUGCCAGGUAGUUACGUAAAACGAAGGACACGGGUUUCGAUGUUCGCCAUCGAUAUAGGCUUCCAAUGCUUGUUCAAUUCUAUUGGCUACACCGUGGGAAAACUCUGUUAACGCUGUAACAGCUAGAACAUUUCGCGGCCGCACUAAAAAAAAAACAGCCUUGGGUAGCAUCUUAAAAUAAUUUAUUUGAUCAGAAGCUUAUAACCAAAUCUUUUUCAUAUUUAUUUCAAAACAGUCCUUUUUUUCCUUUAGAUUUUAUCUUUGUAAAAAUGGAUGCUGGUUGAAUCAAAACUGGCAAACUGUAUUUGCACUUUCUUUUGGACCGCCCUAUACUUAAUUAUGCAAAUGACCAUCCAUAAGUGAGCACUUCUGUAGCGAUAACGAUGCGACGACACGAAGGCCGAAUUUGUGUCAACGGUGAGCGAACGUCGCACACUUGGGCGGCGCGGAACAUCCCAGAUAAUCGUUUGCCGACCUCGCCAUCGUUCUUUUUCCUUUUUUUUUUUUAACGACAAUGCCGGUGAAUGGAUGGUCGCGCGGUGCCGGUAUUUACCCAGCCGCAUCCGAUCGUUCGAUCACACACAGGCAGGCGGAUGGGAAUGCCCCUCUGCUCUUCCUCGUCGUAUCCGCCGUUGUGGCACGGUGCACGGUGCACGGCGGAUCGCUUUUCAUUUCGUUACGUGUCUGCCUCGCAGCCGCACGGUAAAGCCGGCGCAGGUCCCGGCGCCGAUAUCUCACUCUCCGCUCCGGCAGAACGAACGUAAGGACGGAUGUCCAUCGAGAGUGAAUCGCGAGCGCAGCUCGAUGAGAGAAGCGCGUGAGAAGCUGGAGCCGCGCAGGAGGUGCACCGAUCUCUAAUCCGGCCGGCGAUGCACGUCCCAGCUAAGUGUGACGAUCGCUACUAAAGAGAGUUCAAUGACGGAUCGGCGUUUGCACAACAGCGUACAUCAGUGGUGCGAUUAGAAGCAGGAGAUGCCGUUCCGGAGGUAGAACGAUCUGGAAAAAAUUCCUGAAAAAAAACCAUCUGUCGCAAUUUGGUCUUGUCCCGUAGUUUGUAGUGCAAACAUACAAGAUGACGACAUUGCGUUUCGCCGGCAUGAUUUUCACCUACUGCCUUGUUUUAAGUACAGGUUGGUCUGAGAGUUGUCAGGAUCAAGAUACGGGAUGGGAAAAGAUCGUCGGGGCCAAGCCAGCAAACGCUAUAGAGACUGUAAUUUACAGAAACGGUGUUACAGAAACGUCCAUAGGUAACAAUGGUAUCAUCGCGCCUUGCUUUGACAGGUGUAAAAGUCUGAAUUGCACAGCUUUCGUAGUCGACUUCGCGAGGAACAUCUGCUACAGUGUGCAAGUAAAAAGCGAGGAACUCAUUCCCGAAACGAAUGCCACACUGUUCCAUCAGAUCUGUAUUACAGUCCCACCGAGCUGCAAACAGCAGAGAUUGUGGCAAGUAGAAAGAACCUUGGGAGCUAUAUUGAAAGAGGGGCAGUCCGGCUGGUUUCAUCAAGCACUAAAGAGAAGCGAGUGUUACGAGAAGUGUUUGCAAGCAGGAGACGAAUGUGCGUCCGCGCAAUACCGUACGGGCGAGCCUUUGUCAAUCAACGAUACCAUUGGUACGUGUUCGUUGUCGAAGCUCGAAAGGGGUACCAGACCGCAAGCCUACAGAUCGUCGAUGUAUCGAGAUGAGUAUCUACAGGAUCAGUGCCAUAAUAUAACGAAGAAGAGCUAUUGUUCCUAUGCAGAAUUCCGGAACGUAUCGUUGCCAUAUUCGGAUGUGGCGUUGCCAGGACUUGACCUAAAGCAGUGCGAGGAGAGAUGUGACCGCAGUGUGGAUGGUUUCAUUUGCAGAGCCUACACUGUCGACUAUUCGGAAGAAAAACCGCUCUGUCUCCUGCAUUCCGAUAGCACAAUCGGUCUUGGAGUUAGUUCGCUGGUUACCAGACCUAACGUGGUCUACAAGGAACAAGAGCCUUGUCUAGAUCUGAAAGUGGAGUGCGGCGAAUCAACCAUGACAGUCAUACUGACCACUCCGGAGCCCUUCGUAGGACGGAUGUACGCGACUGGAUACGGGGACAUCACUACUUGCAGCAUUAACGGUGUUGGGCACAACGUGACGAUAUUAAGAUUGCCGCUGCCAAAGAAAGAGCAAAUCGAGAAGCCCGGCAUUGCGUGCGGCCUUACACCCGCGUUUUCCAUCGACAAUGAAAACCGAACGCACACGUUGGUCUGGGCCACUAUUGUGAUACAAUACAAUCCAAUCAUUCAGCGAUUAGGAGAUCAGUCGGUGAGAGUCGGAUGCUCCUUAGACGAUAGCGGCCUACCGGAACCGAGAAACGUGACCGUUCAUUCGAAUUUCUCUUUCGAGGAUCCAAACGCAGGCGUACCGCCGGUUGGGUCAAUUGUAGUGAACGUAUCAUCCGAGGUGCCAGUGAUUACGAUGAGAAUUCUCAACGAAGACAAUACGGACGCCGUCGUUACCCAAUUGGGGCAGAAGCUAACGCUCAGAAUUGAAAUUCAUCCCGUGAACGGAACUUACGACAUCGCAGCUGGACACCUAGUAGCUAGUAGUGCAUCCGGAGAAUCCUCGUAUCUUCUUUUGGACGAGAUUGGGUGUCCGACGGAUCCGGCGACGUUUCCCGCGCUGUUGAAAGAUCCAAUCGAUAACCGUUCUUUGAUCUCAACAUUUACUGCCUUCAAGUUUCCCGACAGUCAAAUUGUCCGAUUUAACGUCAUCGUCAGAUUUUGUAUCGAGGAAUGUGAACCGGCCACAUGCAGAGGAGGACAGCUCUCGUACGGCAGGAAGCGACGGUCGAUCGGGCCGGUCGAGGAGCCGGUCACCGCCGAGGUAACAGAAAUUUUCAGAAACCUCACGCCCGCGGAAUUACCGUUACAACUAUCUAUCGUCGUUCAAAGUCCAGUGAUAACAGCGGGCCAUUUAUCCAGGGAAAAUCCUGACACGCUGUUGAUCACCGGCGGAAAAUCUACGGACAGCCUUUUUUGCGUGGACGCGAGUCUAGCUCUAGGUCUACUGAUCUUUUGGUUGAUAAUUCAGAUUGUACUCACUGCCGGUUGCAUCAUAGCCGUUCGUCGCUACAGAAGAAUGGCCGUAGAGGCCGAAGAGGACAGAGCUGAGAUAUUGGCGAGACACCUUUAUGGCAUUCACGGAGGAAACUUCGAAAUUGCACGAAGGGUCAGGUGGGCCGACCGAAACGAUUCCUCGAUCGGAUGACAGAUUCUUUUUCCCCAUUUUUCAAACGCAAGGAUAACUUAGAUAUUAUAUAGAUUUGUGUAAAAGGUUUUAAAGUUAAAAAAAUGAAAAAAAAUUGUUACACUUUUAUAUAAGUUUCAAGUCAUAAAAUUUUUAAGUAAAGUAAUCAGUUACUUUUGACUUAUUUAUGUAAUAAUAGGAAAUAGUUUUCGUUUUUUAAGAAAUUCCAGUCAUUUUAUUGUAAAC